GAAAAACUGGUUUUUCCUAACCUCCUCACAGGAUGGCAUUCAAUGCCCAGCUGAUUGUUGUGGUCCUACUCCACCUUGGCCUGUGUUACCCCUUUGAAAUUCUCAGGCCCAGAGGAGUAUCAUUAGAAAAGGCACCUUUAUAUAAUCCAGAUAACAAUUUCACAUGUUUUGAUGGGUCCAACACCAUACCAUUCCUGUGGGUGAAUGAUGACUACUGUGAUUGCAAUGAUGGCACUGAUGAACCCGGUACUGCUGCUUGUCAGAACAUGAAAUUCCAUUGUGAUAAUGUUGGCCACCGUCCCAUGGAGAUAGAUUCAUCCAGGGUGAAUGAUGGGAUCUGUGACUGCUGUGAUGGUUCAGAUGAGUGGGCCAGUGAGACCCACUGCCUCAACUCUUGUCAUGAACUUGGCUUGGUUGAAAGAGAGCGGAUCUUGAAGAUGCAGGAGGAUUCGGAGGCUGGAUACCAAAUUAAGCUUCAGAUGGUUGAAAAGGCAAAAGAGAAACAUAAGGAAAUGCAGGAGGAGCUGGGAAGGUUACAGAGGUCACGGGAUGAGGCAGAAGCCAUUCGAACUGAGAAAGAAGAACUGAGACGGGUUGCUGAAGAGAGGAAGAAUGAGGCUUUGGAGAAAUACCAAGAAGCUGAAGGAGAGAAGCAGCUUGACCAAGAAGAAGAAGGGGAAGUGCCUGAGAAGGAGAAGGAAAAGAUCCAGAGUCAAGAGUCUUCAGCUGAGCAGACCUUUGCCUGGCUUGACUCAAAUGGUGAUGGGAAAGUGACCCUACCUGAACUCCAAUCUCACUCGAUUUUUGACCAGAACCGAGACGGAAUUGUCACCGACGAGGAGGCCAGGUUCUUUCUGGGGAACCAUGACUCUAAUGACUUGGAACACUUCAAGAAGACAGGUUACAUUCUCAUGUAUCCAUACCUCAUGAAGGAGCGGGGCCUCUUUACUCCUCCUUCUGAUGGGGAACCUGAUGUUGGGGAAGGGGAAUGGAGUGAAGGACUGCCAGAGGAGGAUGAAGAAGAGCAUAGCGAAAAAGAAGAAGACUUGCCCGAAGUGGAGAAAAAGGCCCCAGAGUAUGAUGAGGCAACGCAGGCCCUUAUUGAUGCUGCUAACAUGGCCUCAAGGGAGUACGAUGAUGCAGAUCGUGCUGUGCGAGACAUCGAGCGAGACAUUCGAAAGUUAGAGGAUGAUGUCAAUACUGACUAUGGGCCUGAUAGCGUUUUCUUGGCCCUGGAGAAGGAAUGCAUCGAGUUUCCCGAGAGCGAGUACGUGUACAAGCUAUGCCUGUUUGAUUCUUCUCAUCAGCGAAGGAAAGAUGGGACUGGUGACACAGCCCUAGGGAACUGGAACAAGUGGGCUGGACCCCACAACGACCUCUACUCGUUUGUAUCUCUCUCUCUCUCCUCACCCUUAUUGUUUGUAGCAGAGAUGCACAGUUUAGAUGGUGAUGAUGGAAUACGACAACGGGGCUUCGUGCUGGAACGGACCGCGCCGCUCGACCAGGGUCACAUUGAAAUGCGGAAAGGAGACGAGACUGGUUGACGUCGAAGAACCGAGUCGCUGUACUUACACGAUGACCUUGGAAACGCCCGCUCGUUGUACUUCGCUCGAUCGAGAUGGCAUCUUCGAUUCCGGUCUUCAAGGCACUUGGCACGACGAACUCUGACCUCAAACGGUACGAUUGGAGACCGUCUCCAUUUGUCCCACACUCGUGUGAUCUCCAGUGUAACAGAACCUCAUGUCCUCCUUCACGAUCAAGACUCGUCACCUGCUCCUGAACGUAUGGUUGUCUGCAGUUCCCCAAACGUGCAAACGUGUGUGAAGCUUGUCUAGGGAGGAGACGUUGUGAUAUUUCCAAGACAGCCUUCAGUCUUUAUUUCGGUGUCUGUGUCAUUGAAUUCAUGUUUAUGUGUCUCGAAUAUAUUGGGGUUUCAUGCAUAUUCAGAUUCAGCUCAGAAGAUUGGCGUGAAAGGGAAUAAAUUUGUUGACCGGGGAAGGGUUGACAGAUUUAUGCUCAAGUCUUAGGGUAAUGAUGC